AUGGCUGAACGUUUCGAUCCGAACUUCACCAAGAUGGUGGUGGAGGCCAUGGGCCCGAAAACCGACCCGCGAACCAGAGAAGUCCUCGGAUCGCUCAUGUCACACAUCCACGACUUCGCUCGGGAGGUGGAGCUCACGAUCGACGAGUGGAUGAUCGGCGUGAAUUUCAUGAACACAAUCGGCCAAAUCAGCACCGCACAGCGAAAUGAAGCCCACCGGAUAUCAGACGUCAUCGGACUUGAAUCCCUCGUCGACGAAAUCGCCCAUAGACACGUCUCCGAAUCCGGUGAAAUCCCCACCUCCUCCUCCAUCCUCGGCCCCUUCUGGAGCCCGCACGCCCCCUUCCGCAACCCCGGCGACAGCAUCAUGCAGGACCCGCACGACGGGCAGGUGACGCUGAUGCACGGGCGGGUGCUGGACCUGGAGACCAAGAAGCCGAUUGCCGGCGCCGUGUUCGACAUCUGGCAGGCGUCGUCGAACGGGAAGUACGAUUUCCAGGACCCCGAAAAUCAGUCGCCGAACAACCUAAGGGGGAAGUUCCGCACGAACGAGAACGGGGAGUAUCAUUUCUACGCGUUGAAGCCGACGGCGUAUUCGCUGCCGACGGAGGGGCCGGCGUUUAAGCUGCUGUCAGCUAUGGAUAGGUCGCCGUGGCGGCCGGCGCAUAUCCAUCUCAUGGUCACACACGCUGGAUACAAGCCUGUCACCACCCAGAUCUUCCCCAAAGAAGACCCCCAUCUCGAGGACGACUCCGUGUUCGCCGUCAAGGACGAUCUGGUCGUCGACUUCGUGCCCCUAGAGGGCGACGAGAAGGCGACGCUAGAAUUGGAGUACAACGUCACGCUUGCCCCGGUGGUGAACCCCAACGCCGAGGACGCCAAUGUCUCAAGGUUAUAG